AUGUUAAAAGCGUGUUCUGAAAUAGUAAAUGAAUUAAUAACAGCUCACGAACAAAACAAAGAUGUUAAUCUGAAUGGAUUGAAAACAAAAUAUUCGAGACUUAAUAAAUUAUCAAAUCAGCCUAAAUUGGUUGACAUUAUUGCAGCUAUACCUGAACAGUAUAAAAAUGCUUUGAUGGGAAAGUUAAAAGCUAAGCCUAUUAGGACUGCUAGUGGUGUACAUUCAGAUUUUGAAUAUUCAACACAAUCAUAUACUGGUUAUGAACCAACGAGUAUGAGAGCUAUUAGAGCAAGAUAUGACCCUCUAGAACAAGCCAGAGGCCGUGUUGAUCAAUUGAAAAGCUUAGGUCACAGUGUUGAUAAAGUUGAAUAUAUUAUUAUGGGUGGUACAUUUAUGUCACUGCCUGAAGAUUAUAGAAAUUGGUUUAUUGCCAAUUUACAUAAUGCUUUAUCUGGUCAUACAACUAAUGAUGUUGAUGAAGCUUAUGGAUGUACUCGCUUAGAAAUAGGCGUUCAAAGUGUAUACGAAGAUGUAGCAAGAGAUACAAAUCGUGGUCAUACGGUUAAAGCCGUAACUGAAACUUUUCAAUUAGCAAAAGAUACAGGAUUUAAGGUUGUUUCUCAUAUGAUGCCGGAUUUGCCUAAUGUUGGUAUGGAAAGAGAUUUAGAUCAGUUUAAGGAAUAUUUUGAAAACCCUGCUUUUCGAACCGAUGGACUGAAAAUUUAUCCAACUUUGGUUAUUCGUGGAACUGAUAUUCCAAUGCCCCUAGUUACUUCAGGAGUCGAGCAUGGUAAUUUACGUGAGUUAGCGUUAAAUAGAAUGAAAGAUUUAGGUAUCGAAUGUAGGGAUGUCAGAACCCGAGAAGUUGGAAUUCAAGAUAUUCAUAAUAAAGUUAAACCGGAAGAGGUUGAAUUAAUAAGACGCGAUUACGUAGCAAACGGUGGUUGGGAAACAUUUUUAUCUUACGAAGAUCCAAAACAAGAUAUUCUAAUAGGUUUAUUACGACUUCGAAAAUGCACCACUAAUUCUCCACAUAGUGCGUUUCGACCCGAACUUAUUGAACAUCCAACUUCAAUCAUAAGAGAAUUGCAUGUUUAUGGAAGCGUAGUACCAAUGCAUAGUAGAGAUCCUAUGAAGUUUCAGCAUCAAGGGUAUGGAACUUUGCUGAUGGAAGAGGCGGAACGAAUUGCUUUGGAAGAACAUGGAAGUGUAAAAAUUGCUGUUAUUAGUGGUGUUGGAGUUAGAGGGUAUUAUGAGAAAUUGGGAUAUCGAUUAGAAGGUGAGUGGAACGUAGGAACUGCUUUUAAAAAGAAAAAAGAUGCUCUUUAA